AUGUCACACAAACGCGCCAUUGAGGCGCUUGAUCGCUGUCUACAAGAUAUUCACAGCAAUCGAAAGUUGAUGGGUGGUGUGGUAGUGUUAUUGGCAGGGGAUUUUAGACAGACUUUACCUGUUAUCGAGAGAGGCACUGCAGCAGAUGAAAUUAACGCAUGUCUAAAAGCCUCAUAUCUGUGGUCUAAAGUUGAAGAGCUUUAUCUUACCACUAACAUGCGAGUCCAGUUAUUCAGCGAUGUCGAAUCAGGAGCAUAUGCUCAAAAACUGCUAGAAAUUGGUGAAGGCCACCUAAACACCGACCAAGAAGGUAUGGUUCUUUUCACACAGCAAUUUUGUCAUGCUGUGGAGACAGAAAACGAACUUAUUGAACAAGUUUUUCCGAAUCUGCAACAAAAUAUUCUUGACGAAAAUUGGUUGUGUGAAAGAACCAUAUUGGCACCAAAAAAUGAGAUUGUUGCGAAAAUAAAUAAAAAAAUCUUGGCCGAAAUAAACAGCGAAACAUCAGUGUAUAAUUCCAUUGACACAGUUAUGUCAUCCGAUGACACUACAAGUUAUCCCGUAGAGUUCCUAAACUCUUUAGAGUUGUCCGGGGUGCCAUAA